UCGGCUCGUCGACUUAUCUGCGUUCGAUUGAGGAGUGUAGCCGCGCUCUUCCGGCGCCAGGCAGCUCUUCCGGUUUUGGCUUCAAGCGGGACGGCGCGGGCCUCAGGCUAUUUGAAAAGUUUUACACAAACAUGGAUAUCAGACCAAAUCACACUAUUUAUAUCAACAAUAUGAAUGAUAAAAUUAAAAAAGAAGAGUUGAAGAGAUCCUUGUAUGCCCUGUUUUCUCAGUUUGGACACGUGGUAGAUAUUGUGGCUUUAAAGACCAUGAAGAUGAGGGGUCAGGCUUUUGUUAUAUUUAAGGAACUGGGCUCAUCCACAAAUGCUCUGAGACAGUUACAAGGAUUUCCAUUUUAUGGUAAACCAAUGCGAAUUCAAUAUGCAAAAACAGAUUCUGACAUAAUAUCUAAAAUGCGUGGCACUUUUGCUGACAAGGAAAAGAAAAAGGAAAAGAAGAAAGCUAAAACCAUGGAACAGGCUGCAGCAGCUGCAAACAAAAAGCCUGGCCAGGGAACACCAAAUUCAGCUAAUACUCAAGGAAACGCAGUGCCAAAUCCUCAGGUCCCCGAUUACCCUCCAAACUAUAUUCUGUUCCUUAAUAACUUACCAGAAGAGACGAAUGAGAUGAUGUUAUCCAUGCUGUUCAAUCAGUUCCCUGGUUUCAAGGAAGUUCGCCUGGUACCUGGGAGGCAUGACAUUGCAUUUGUAGAAUUUGAAAAUGAUGGACAGGCUGGAGCUGCCAGAGAUGCUUUACAAGGGUUUAAGAUCACACCAUCCCAUGCCAUGAAGAUUACCUAUGCCAAGAAAUAACAUUUGGAAUAGCCAGUUUUAAAGGACUUGGUAUUAUUUAUAAUGUUCGUUUUGAUUACAUUGGGUCAAGUCAUUUUAAUGGUUGGAAGUGAAAGUGAAGUUUGGGGGAAAGAGUCACCUAAUUUUUUUUAGUUUUGGUGAACUGUGAAAUCUAAAGCCUUAAUUUUGUACAAUAAACUUUUAUUUGUAUUCUGUGUACUUAA